GGCACCCUUUUCUUUAACCCCCACCCCCACUCCUAAACCCCCACCCCACAUGCCCAGGUCACGCCAGACCACCAUGGCAACCAGUGUAGGAAUGUGGAUAUCAAGGCUCAUUUUCUAAAGCACUGGCCUUUCUAACAUUUUUUUUUCUAACGUGGCUUUUUUUUUGUCUUAUUUUUUCCUCCAGCAAUACAAUCGCUCCGAAAUGACUGACAAAGUGACCUUUACAAUCAACGGAGAGCAACAUGAAGUCGGGGCGGACGUCUCGGCGGACACCUGCCUCUCCACUUACCUCCACGCGCAGCACCUGAGGGGGACGCGCGUCACCUGCGGGACUGGAGGCUGCGGCGCCUGCAUGGUGCUGGUGACGAGGCUAGAUCCCGACUCAGGGGAGAAGACGUCUUACUCGGCUCUCAGCUGCCUGAUCCCCGUGCUCGGCUGCAGCGGCUGGGAGAUCACCACAAUAGAGGGUCUUGGGAACCGAUUCGAAGGCUAUCACAUUAUCCAAGACCGCCUUGUGGAGCACUACGGUACCCAGUGUGGUUAUUGCUCUCCUGGAAUGGUUAUGAGCAUGUAUGGGAUGACUCAGGAGAAGUCAAGCUGGACGGACUCUGACGUCGAGAGAAUCCUGGACGCCAACCUCUGUCGCUGCACAGGAUACCGACCCAUCGUGGACGCCUUCAAGUCCGUCACUGUCCAGGAUAUCGAGGACGCCCACACACUCAGCUGUCCCCGAACAGGUCAGCCUUGUAAGGGUCGGUGCUCGUUGAAAUCAGCUGACAGUAAGACAAGCUCCUGCUCGAAGCUAGGUGAGAAGCCGGAGUCUCGGCUCCUCCAGCUGAGGGGUGCGACCUGGCAUCAACCAGCUUCCCUUCAGGAACUUUACGACAUCCUAAGUGACUUGCCGCAGGGAACCAAGUACCGGUUUGUAUGCAGUGACACAGGAAAAGGCAUAUUCCACGACGAGGGGCCCUACAGCGUCUACAUCUCCAUCACCAGCAUCCCCGAGUUCUCCCGCGCGGCAGCAUCUCCGUCUGGCUUGGUCUUCGGCGCCAAUGUCUCCAUCAGCCGCAUGAUGUCCGAAUUCUCCACUGCCUCGCAGAGCCUGUCUGGUUUCGGCUUUGCGGAGAAGAUCGUCAAGAUGUGGAAGAGAGUGGGUGGAACGGCGCUGAGGAACAUGGGGAGUUGGUCAGGCAACUUUGCAAUGAAAAUAGCGCACAGAGCCUUUCCUUCUGAUGUCUUCUUGAGCCUCAUGGCAGCGGGGGCGGUAGUGAAGUCAGGCAGCCCUUACGGCGGAGACAAGGAGCACACCCUCGAUCACCUUUUGGACCUGGACCUCGAGGCGGAGAGGAGGGUGCUGCUCGAGCUGCGGGUGCCGCCCAUGAGCGAUGAGGUGGUCUACAGGCUCUUCAAGAUCGCUCCUCGCAGCGCCAACGUCCACGCCUACAUGAACGCCGCCUUCAGUAUGCGGGUGGACAGCGCCAACGCCCACGCGGUGAUCGGGCGGCCCAUGAUCCUGUUCGGAGGCAUCAAUGAGGACUUCCUGCAUGCUUGGGGCGCUGAAGCUGCUCUUGAGGACAACAGCCUAGAAGACGAAGCAACAGUGCAGGCAGCUCUAACAGCUCUUCGCGAUGAGAUCCACCCAGACGACCUACCAGUGAACCCCUCGGCGAAGUACAGGAUUGACGUUGCCCAGAGCCUGCUGUACAAGACAAUCCUCGGCAUCGUAGGAGACAUCGCCGACGCAAGUGUUGCCAGCGGGGCCUCAGACCUCGAGAGACCUCUGGCGAGCGGGCAGCAAAACUACGACGAAAACACGGACCGUUGGCCUCUCUCGAAGCCCGUCACUAAAGUCGAGGGUCACAUCCAGUGCAGCGGAGAGGCGGAUUACGUAGCUGACUUGCCACCGCUGUGCGAGGAGCUGAGCGGCUGCUUUGUCACCAGCACGCAAGCCAAUGCCAGGAUCGUUAGCAUUGAUACAUCGGCAGCUCUGGCAAUCCCAGGAGUCGAAGGCUUCGUCGGGAUCCAGGAUGUGACGGGGAUCAACAACAUCCAGGUUCUGCAGUGGCCCUUCCCCGAACCGCUCUUCGCCGAGGAGAGAAGCUCGUACUUCGGGCAACCUCUGGGCCUGAUCGUUGCAAAGACCGCCGAACUCAGCAAGCAAGGGGCCGCUGCCGUCGUGGUUACUUACGACGACAUCCAGGCCCCCGUGCUGACGAUCAAGGAAGCUCAGCAGCAGCCUCUCCCCUCCCCGCAAGGCGACCCGUUCGUGGAGGGCGAUGUGGAGGCCGGGUUCGCUGCUUCGACUCACGUGCUGGAGGGCGGGGUGGGUCAUGACUGGCAGUAUCACUUCUACAUGGAGAACCAGGCCACGCUGGCGAUCCCAACGGACGACGGACUCGAUGUGUUCACGGCCUCCCAGUGGGCCAUCGAAACGCAGCGCUCCAUUGGCCAAGUGCUGGGGGUCCCUGACAGCACCGUGAACGUGAGCGUGAAGCGGAUUGGCGGCGGCUUCGGCGGGAAGAUCACCCGCGGCAACAUCAUCGCAGCGGCCACGUGUCUCGCCGCCAGGAAAAUGCGCAAGCCCGUGAGGACUGUGCUGGAUAUGGCCACCUGCAUGACCAUGCUCGGGGGGCGUGACCCCUUCUGGAGCACGUACAAGGUCGGCGUCGAUGCUGAGGGAAGGUUACUGGCUGUCCAGGCUACGAUGACGAGCGAUGCAGGCUACGUGAACGUGGACCCUAACAACACCGGUUCACCCCCUGCUGUACCGUCCUGCUACAUCUGUCCGAACUGGGAGAUAACACCUGUCACGGUGCUCACUAACACACCCAAUAACACCUGGACGCGCACACCUGGAACUACCGAAGGCGUUACACUCAUGGAGACGAUCAUAGAGCACGUGGCCGUCGCUCUUAAUCUGGACCCCCUCCUCGUGCGCCAGAGGAACCUCAUGCCGGAUGGUUCAUUCAGACGUGUUAGCGAGGGAGUUUUUCGCCUUCGCUGCGGCAGGGGUGGACGAGAUGCCAUCGCCAUACCUAAGCAGGUCAAGGUGGAGAAGAACAUCAUUGGCGACAUGCUGACUCAGCUGAUGUCCAGCGCCGACGUCGAGAACCGAAAGCAGAUGGUCGACACCUUCAACAAGAACCACCUGUGGAAGAAGAGAGGAAUUUCGGUGAUGACGAUGCUGUGGCCACACGUGGUUCCCCUCCUCUAUCCCAUGAACUCUCUGGUGUCCAUUAACCAGAGGGAUGGCUCUGUGGCCGUGUCUCACGGGGGCACGGAGCUCGGCCAGGGCAUGAACACGAAGGUGGUGCAAGUGGUGGCCUACGAGCUCGGGUGCCCCAUGGAGGUCGUUGUGGUGAAGCCGACGACCUCGCAUGCCAACGCCAACUCCCAGGGCACGGACGGCGCUCUCGGCUCCUACACAACAGCCUACAGCGUGAGCGAGGCGUGCAAGAAGCUGCGGGCGCGACUGGACGCCGUGAGGCAAUCCUUGGGCGUCGAGGACCUUUCGUGGAAGGACCUGAUCAAGGCGGCGGCCAACGAGGGCGUCGAUAUAAGCGAGAGAUAUUGCAACGGCCCCGGCGAGGUGCAGUCCUACCCCGUGUUCGGCGUCUGCUGCACCGAGAUCGAGCUGGACGUCCUCACCGGCCAGUUCUUGGUCCUCCGCACGGAUAUCCUCCAGGACGCAGGCACGAGCAUGAGCCCCAUGGUCGACGUGGCGCAGGUGGAGGGCGGUUUCGUUAUGGGCCAGGGACUCUUCACGUCGGAGAAGGCCAUCUACGAUCCCGCCACUGGGAGGAGGCUCACGGAUGGGACAUGGCACUACCAGGUUCCCACCGCCCACGAUGUCCCAGCUGACUUCCGGGUGUCCCUUCUGUCUAACACGCCCAACCCCAUCGGUGUCCUCGACUCGAAGGCCACGUCCGAGCCGCCAGUGCCUCUUUCGUAUACCGUGUUGAUGGCACUACGGAAUGCGGUCGCCAGUGCCAGGGCAGACGGGGGCACCGUCGGCUGGUUCAACAUUGAGGCGCCGUUCAACGUCGAAAAGCUGCAACAGUUGUGUCUCGUAGAACCUUCCAGAAUGGUUCUUCAUCCUGGCGCUCGCUAAAUGUUUUUGUUGUUGUUGUUGUUGAUUUUUAUCUUAUAUAAGGAAACAAGGUGUAUUGGAUGAUGAUUUUUCUCUCUCUGCGGGUUCUUAUUUGUGGUGAUGUGGUGGUGGUGUUGAUGAUGAUGAUGAUGAUAAUAAUGAUAAUGAUGAUGAUGAUAAUAGUAAUGAUGAUGACAAUGAUAAUGAUUAUGAUGAUGAUAAUGAUGAUGAUAAUGGUAAUGAUUUUAAUGAUAAUGAUGAUUAUGAUGAUGAUGAUGAUGCAAUGAUGAUGAUGAUGAUAGUUGAUAUGAUAGUGAUGUGGAUGAUAAUGAUGGGGAGGAGGGCCAGCAAGUCGAUAUCAAGAUGACAAUAAUGUUUGAUAAUGAUGACGGAAAUUAAAAUAAUAACGUUAUGGAUAACGAUAAUGUUGAUAAUGAUGAUGAAAAAGAGCAAGAUGAUCAUGAAGAUGAUGAUUAAAAGAAUAAGAUGGUGAUGAUAAUUUGUAAGAUAAUAAAGAUGAUCUACAACAGUCUUUGAAUAUACCAUUAUCAUUAUAGAUAUAAAUUUAUAGAUACAUAACAAGUCCAUUAGAGGAUUCGGUCGAACUGAUAUCCAUUGCUAUAUGAAAAUAUCUAGAAUAUAAGAAAAAAUGAAAAGAAAAUAAUAUAUAUGUAGGGAAUUAUGAUAUACGAUUAAAUGAAAUAACAGCAUGUCAUAUCUUGUGUUACUGUGGUAUUCUAUGCACUUCUGUAUUAUACAAUAUCGUUAUGCUAUGCUGUACACUGCUCCGUUAUCGCUUUGUUGUAUAAUAAAUAAUACGUAAAAAAUAAUCAGAAGCAUAUAUUUCGGGUGGUUUGAGUUUAUGUCAUUUAUGUAUCUAUUUCAUAGCAUAAAGUGUCUCAAGUUCCGUGAUUUUUUAAAUGUCUUGGUGUUAGUAUUGAAUAAAAAUAUGAUUUGUA